GAUGUUAGCGUUGCAUAUCAUGCCACUUGUGUCGCUCUCUUGUUGCUUUUAGUUACUGUUGACCCGGUCUACAGCCUGGCAAGUGACUCUAGCACUACUAGCUUGAUCCAGUAUCGACCAGGUAUGUACAACGACUGUGAAAUUUUUAAGCGAUAUAUUAAAUAUAUAUUCUAUAGAUUAUACUGCUAUCUCAACAUGGGCUCAAAUUUUAUUUAAUAUUCUACAAGAAGCCGCUGUGAUUUGUCUACACAACUUUUGCCUAAGGCUACACAACCUUUGCCUAAAACUGUCUGUCGCAUGCAACCUGCUUACAACUUGAGUUGUACUGUGUAAAUCAAGCACACAACUCACCUGGGACAACGUAGGCGAGUUGUGUGCUUGAUUUACACUGACACAGUCCAACUCAAGUUGCAAGCAGGUUGCAUGCGAUAGGCAAACGUUGUGUAGUGUAAAUUGGCCUUAACUAUCUAAUGAAGAAGUUUAUAAAGACAGGGGAGAUGUGUGUAUUAAUUAUAUACCAAACGCUACUCGCGCGGACGUAAAGCCUGGUUCACAUAUGCCUGCGGUAUGUCGGCGGGCUAUUGCAUGUCGUCAGCAGUUCAACCAAAUGAUUCACAAAAGAAUGUAUGCAUCAACAGCUACAAACAAUGAUAGCGCAGGCAAUAUGUGAACCAGGGCAUAUGCAUGCAAUCAUUCUUGCAAUGUUAUGCAAUCACAGCUUCUUGUCCGCGUCAUUGUUCCAGUUUGGAGAGUUAAAGAUGUACGACGCGGUUUGUCAUGCAAGAUAAAAACUGUCUGUGAAUAAUUUGUGGCCCCAGGGGUAUUCUCAACGGCUUCGCAUUGUCACUUCUUUCAAUUGGUUCACACUAGCAAUUCUGUCGGCGAUAUUUCUCUUCCUGGCAAAUGUGAUCGAAUGAAUGACGUGCAAAAGACUUAGAAUUGUUUACUUCUGAAAAGCGACUCUAUACUUUUGUGUGGGAGUUCACUCAUUUGCAUCCGUCAGAAACACAAAAUCGCCGACGAAUUGCUAGCGUGUACCAGGCUUAAAAGUGGAAAUCUCUUGGGUCGCAGUAAGCUUUCACGUGGGAAAUCCCUCACGGGUGGGAAAUCCCUCACGGGUGGCAGACGAUUUUAAUCGUUUCAAAAUUACUCGGCUACUGAAUCACUGGCAGGCGAUUUUAAUCGUUUCAAAAUUACUCUGCUACUGAAUCAAUUGAAGAUGAAACAAAUGGUUCACGUCCCAACUAGAAUCGAUCAAACACUCUUCUGUGCGCUAUCCCGGCUUUUGGCCUGUCUGACCAUAACGUGAUUAUACUCAACCCUAAACGAAGACCAACUCAAUCUUGACAAUAUCAUGCCUGUCAAGAAAAUUGAACCGACACGUGAAUGACGCGUCGUACUCUAAUACUCUAUUAGGGGGCUUAAGCAUGUAGGACGGCAACACGACGACGACGGCAAUCAAUACAAUGAGUCAAUGAAAAGUGAAUAAAUAAUUAAAGUCCCAGGGGAGUUUCAUGCGUGGUCGUCGCUCUGUUUACAACGGCAAAUCACAGAUUUUCACGUCUUUUAUACAACGCCUGCAUUUCAAGCCGUAACAAGUGCAACUUAAAGUUCGGUCAAUGGAACUAUUCCCAAACAUAAAGCCAAUGUUUUCAGCCUCUUAUACUGUAUUAAAUUCAUACGAAUUAUAAUAUACGACAAGUUUUCUUUACUAUCAUUUAUUUGAAGGAAUUUGUUUUGGCCGUCGUCGUCGUGUUGCCGUCCUACAUGCUUAAGCUCCCUAUUGUCUGAACGAGACGUUUCUCAGCCUGUUUAACAUUUGAAUGAACAUAUUUUAUUUUCAGUUCACAUUGGCUCGCAUAUAGUUUAUCAUGGCUACGGAGAAAACACAGUUGCUGCCAUCUGGGAAGCAUGAUACGCCACCUCCUGACAUCGGAUUUGCACCUGCAGAUGAGUAAGUUCAUGUUUACUCUUUUCACUUAUAAAUUUGUACUGGACUGACCAACUGUGUCGCUUUUUUCGACUGAGGUCAAACAUGAUCAGUACAGGUUCGUUGUAAGUCGCAACGUCUUCUAACAACCAAUUUUUUUAUCUCUUGCAGAAAACAUGAGAAAAUUUCCAUGGUACCAUUUACACAGUUGGUAAGUUAUUAUAGUUCUGGGGCCGAUUGUAUAAAAAAGUGAUUAAAGUUAACUAUAAUUAAGUGGAAACGUCAUCCAAUAAGAAGCCCGUAUUUGAGAGUUAAUCACUAUUUAACUACAAAAUAGUGAUGAAAAAAGUGAUUAAGAGUUUUAUACAACCGGCCCCAGUAAUACUGUCAUCAUCAUCUUGGAGUAACGUUUCACAUAAUGACGUCAUUAUGUUCGAGUGACGUCGUUGUCAUUAUCAUAGGUGACGUCAUGAAAACAAUUAUAGAGUGACGUCAUCAACACGUUAUUGACAUUACCAUCAUCACAAUUAUCAUGAAAAAGGUCAUCUUCAUUAUUCUGACCUCGUCACUAUUAUCACAAAAUGAUGUCAUAUCACUCUCAUAAAGUGCCGUCAUCAAUACCAUCAUGGCAUGACCUGAUUACUAUAUAAACAUAACGUCAUGAACUUCAUAAUCGAGUGACGUCGUCACUUAUAUCAUAACAUGACGUUAUCGCAUCGUCAUAAAAUGACGUGAAAACCACCAUUAUAGCAGCGUGACCAGAUUUGGUAAAAUAUUUUACUUUUGGUAAAAUUUCGUCAAUUUAGGAAAAGUUUAGUAAUGAAAUUUUUUUAGUAAAAUUUUUGGUAAAAUUUUUAGAGAUUUUAACAAUUCAGUGAUUUUUUUGUAAAAGUUCGUGUUUGAAUGGUAUCUUGCGAUUUAAUGAAACUUCUAGCCUACAAAACCUGGUAAUUUCAAACAUGGAAUAGGAAAUUAUUGGGUUUUCAGGCCAAUCUAGUCAAGCUAGUUGCCUUGUCGAAGCCAUGAUAACACUUUUGGUAUUUCACGAAAACAUUUACCUGCAUUAAGCUAAUACUUCUAAUAUAUUGAUCAACCUCAUCCCCUGGGUUGUCAUGGCGGUGUGUAUACUGUUGCCCCAGAAUUUUCAAUUUUAUCAAAGAUGGGUGGGGUGAAAUUAAUUUGGUAAAAUCUUUCUCCAUUUAGUAAAUUGUGAACACAAGUUUAGUAAUAACCGCUGGAAAAAUUUGAUCACACUGCAUCAUAGAGUGACGUGAUCACCAUGGUGUAAUAAUUUCAUCACCACCAUCAUAAGAGUCUACAUGAUGCACACCAACGUAUCUUACAAUCACAUUUCACUUUUGUUUGCUUGCAGUUUCGUUUUCGCGACAACGUUGAUGUAAUCCUCAUGAUUUUGGGAACAUUUGGAUCUAUAGCUUAUGGUGUUCUAACUCCAGCGCAAUUUCUCCUCAUGAAUUCGGUCAUAGAUGAUUUUGUAGAUUUUGCCCAGUGUCUACGAAGUAACUGCACAAAUCCAGUUGACCUCGAGUCCAGCAUGACGGAUGUAGCUUGGUGGUACAUUGCGUUUGCCUUUCUGAAUCUCUUGUUUGCCUGGAUGGGACUAGGACUUUGGGGUCUGAGUGCUGAGAGACAAGUCCACAAAAUGAGACUGGCAAUGUUCAGAAAUAUCAUCCAUCAGGAGAUUGCUUGGUUUGAUACUCAUCCAAGUGGCGAGCUGGGAACUAGACUUACAGAGUAUGUAUUAUUAUAGUACAGAGGCCUGUUGGCAAACUAAUCAAAGGCCGUUGAGGGCGACUCACGGAUGAGAUCAAACGAAAGUGAGAGAUCAAAUGAAAGUAACAGAAAGAAUUAGAGCAUUUUUGCCAUUUGUAGUAUUUGUCGUGCUUCUUCAAUGGUGCGGCUUUCGCCAAAUCAAAGAACGAAAGGCCCGAUUCGCAGGCAAACAGUGCGCGCACAGCAGGCUGGUCCCCAGCCUGCUUUGCGCGCACUGGGAAAUGACCUGUUGGAUCUUAGGAGGAUUUCUAUCAGUUCUAAACUGGAUCUUCGGUGGCGCAAUCGUCUGAGCAAGCGCCUUUCACCUUGUGGGUUCGAUCCUCACAUCGGACUAAUAACACUUAUGUGAAAAGAGUUCGUCAACGCUCUACCGAAAGUCGUGGGUUUUCUCUGGGUACUCCGGUUUCCUCCUACAGGGAAUGUUGACAGGGUGAGUUGGGACUAGCCCCCCAACUGACCCUUCCACCGUAGCUGUGCCCCGUGAUCAGACAUGAGUCAUAAGGUGGCUGCCAGAGGCGCCCUUAGAAAGCCUUCGACUCGAUCAGGUUUGAGCUGCGUCCUUCGUAAUGGACCAUUUGCAUUAUAGACAAAAUUUUGAUCUAGACAAAAAUUUCAUCACAGCUUGAAAGAGAAUCACAAAAUUAGUAAUAUUCCAAAGUUUCGUUGCGAAAUGUUGUAAAAUGCGGAGUUUGCCGUUUUUCAGUCAUUUUGUAUUACGCACGGGAAAUUGACAGCCCAAUCGGGUGUUGGGGAAUCAAUUUCCCGUUUGUAAUACAAAAUGACUGAAAAUUGCAAAUUUCGCAAGGCUAUAUUAUCCGCAUUUUACAACAUUUCGCAACGAAACUUUGGAAUAUUACUAAUUUUGUGAUGCUCUUUUAAGCCGUGAUAAAAUUUUUGUCUAGCUCAAAAUUUAGUCUAUAAUGCAAAUGGUCCAUUACUUACUAUAUAAACUGUGAUAUCCUGAUAUAUGGUCAUCUCCCUAGUUUGUUUAUCCAGUUUAGUAUAGAAAGAAACCUAAACUGAACUACAGUGGUUAAUACGGUCAAGCUCUUGGCGUUUUUCAGGGACAAAAAUAAAUGGCCGUAAUAAAGAGGGGCAUUAACGAGGUGGCCGUAAGGUGGAGUUUCACUGUAACUUCCUAUAUAUUACCUGAUAACUCUAUCAGUUCUUCUCAGAUGUUUAUAUCUAGGGUUACUGUAGAAGGAAACUUGUGUAUCCAGGGGAAUCCUGCUGUGUUUAUUAGAGUCAAAUUGAAUUGGGAAAGCACUCUUCUUACAUGCCAACAUCUUUAUACCAACAUCUCAUGUUUUCUUUCAGAGAUUUAAAUAAGCUAGCCGAUGGUAUAGGCUCAAAAUUUGGUCGACUUAUCUUUAGCUUUUCUGCAUUCUUUGCGGGAUAUAUUUUGGGAUUUUGCUAUUUAUGGAAACUGACGUUGGUUAUGAUGGCAGUGUUACCUAUUGUAGCACUAAGUGGCGGAGUAUUAGCAAAGGUAAU